AUGCCGAAAAUUCUGGAUCUCGACGAUCUCGAUCGCUUCCUGGAGGAGGUUGUUGAAGAAGAAAGAAUCGCUAGUUGUUUGUCUUUCGAUCUAGCGCCCAAGAUGGAGCCUCGCGGAAAGCGUGUCACUUUUGACCAUCCUAACCUUGUGAGAUACCCUUCGAUCAAGCCUUCAGUUCCGAAGCCACCACCCAUCCGUCCACCUCCCACCGUUUUGUCUACCCAGGCCAUGAGAGAACUGACAUCGAGUGUCCGAGCUGCGAGGACACUGCAGUCGAACAACGAUCUGCGCAAAGCAGUUUCCGAACAAAUGCAAGAAGUCUUUCGCAGCGGCCACGUCACAAGAGUUACUUCGACUGAUUCUGGUUCGAGAAUCUGGUACCUCCCGUAUCACCCGGUUCAGCAUCCCAGCAAGCCCAACAAGGUUCGACUCGUCUACGACGCCGCUGGCCGCUUUAAAGGAAUGGCCAUUAAUGACAUCCUGUUGAAAGGGCCAGAUCUGACUACCCAAUUGCUUGCAGUGCUGCUUCGCUUUCGUGAGAGGAGGAUUGCCGUUACUGCUGACAUCGCCAGAAUGUUUUAUCAGGUUCUGGUGCGAGAAGGCGCCAGGCCGAUGUUUCGCUUUUUAUGGAGUGAGUCUGGGACUGAAAAUCCUAUCCAGGAGUACCAGAUGACGGUGCUCAUUUUCGGCGCCGUGUCUUCGCCAACGACUUGUAGCUUCACCAUUCAACGCCUCGAAAAGGAUGCACCCGUCCACCUGCAGGAAGUCGUGAGCCGGAUUCGCUCCGACCUGUAUGUGGAUAAUUUGUUGUCAUCGAUCGACGAAGUGGAAGACGGAGCGUCAACUUGCCGAAAACUCGUGGAAUUGCUUAGCCUAGGUGGCUUCAACCUCGUCCAGUUUCUCAGCUCCUCGCGUUUAUUGCUGGAUCGCUUGCCCUCCGCGUUUCGUCUUAUGCCGGAGCUCGAUUUGGACUUCCACAACUUGCCGACCGAACGGACGCUGGGUUAUCUAUGGAAUAGCGAUCGAGAUGAGUUCCUCUUCCGUUUCAAGCCGCCCAAAGAAGCCUAA